CACAUAUUUUCUCCCAACACAACCUUUCCACUAUUAAAAAAAAAGCACCAAAACUACAACUACUACAACUACUAGACCUACUAAAAAUAGUAGUAAUGGCAGCAACAACAACAACAAUGAUGGGCAUGGCAGCCACCUUUGUGCCAAAACCUCAAUUACCAAUGAUGGGUGCACUCUCCACCAACACCGGCCGAGCCGUGUUCGGGCUUAAGGCCGGGUCUCGUGGUGGGAGAGUAGUUGCAAUGGCAACAUACAAAGUGACACUUAUUACACCAUCGGGCACUCAAGAGUUUGAGUGCCCUGAUGAUGUAUAUGUCUUAGAUGCUGCUGAAGAGCAGGGCCUUGAUUUGCCCUACUCAUGCAGGGCUGGCUCGUGCAGCUCAUGCGCCGGUAAACUUAAAACUGGUAGUCUGGAUCAAUCAGACCAAAGUUUUUUGGAUGAUGAUCAAAUUGAAGAAGGAUGGGUUCUUACUUGUGCUGCUUACCCUUCUAGUGAUGUUACUAUUGAGACUCACAAGGAGGAGGAGCUUACUGCUUAAUUUUUUUUUUUUCUUCUUCUUAUUUUGCUAAACCUUCCAUUUUUUGUUAACAAUUGGGAGGGAAAAAUUAAAGAUGGAUAAAUUGAUGGGGGGAGAUUUUACUCCCUCUUAAAGUAUUUCUUUGUGGGUUGUGUAUUAUUAUGUUAAUCAUCAAUUAAUCAAGUCAUGUUAUAAGUUGUUUA